GUUUGUACGUAAAUGUUUAACUUUAUUUUGCACUUUGAGCUGGUGGUACAGUGAACAGUGUUCUCAUACAUACAGAUACGAUGAAAUACUGCAGCACACGUGGAGGGGUUUGUGGCUGGGAAUUCAAGGAUGUGCUGUUCUCAGGUUAUGCCCCAGAUGGGGGUAUGUUCAUGCCCGAGCAGUUUCCCUUACUAUCCCCUGCCACCAUCCGAUCCUGGAGCUCUCUGUCCUACCAGCAGCUUGUGUGUGAAGUGUGUUCUCUGUUCAUACCUGAGCAUUUGAUCCCAAAGCAUGACUUAAAAGCCCUUAUAUCCAGUGCGUUGUCCAAGUUUUCUGUGCCAGAUGCGGUGAAGAUGGUGCCACUCAAAGGUUCUCUAAACAUCCUAGAACUUUUUCAUGGAGAGACGCUGGCUUUUAAAGAUCUGGCCAUGACCUGCACCGCACGCUUCUUGGAGUACUUUCUGUGCAAGGAAAACAGACGUGCCAUCAUCCUUGUGGGAACAUCUGGGGAUACUGGAAGCUCAGCCAUCAGCAGUGUGUGUGAUCUCAGUGCAGUGGACGUGGUUGUUGUUUUCCCAAAGGGGCGCAUCACCAAGGUGCAGGAAAGGCAAAUGACCACCCAUCUGGAGGAUAAUGUACAUGUGUUUGCAGCGGAUGGAAGUUCGGAUGAUAUCGAAGCUGUCUUGAGGAGGCUUUUCGCUGAUCAGGACCUGGUAAAUCGAUAUCGCCUGAUGAGCCUGAACUCGCUGAACUGGUCGCGUAUUCUGGUGCAGCUCGCCCAUUUUCUGUACGCCUACCUGCAACUGAGUGGAGUACAGAACACAGAGGGGGACGCGCUUCCAAGUCUGGAAGUGGUGGUACCCACAGGAGGGGCAGGGAAUAUUACAGCUGGAUGUAUCAUUAAGCAGAUGGGGGUUCCUCUGCGACUGGUCUGCAUGGUGAACUCUAACGACAUCAUGCACCGCACAGUUCAGAGCGGAGACUUUUCCAUGGCGGCCAGCGUCAAGCAAACUCUGGCUCCUGCUAUUGAUAUUCAGGACCCUUAUAACAUGGAGCGAGUGUUUUGGAUGUUGUCAGGAAAAGAUGGAGCAUUGGUAAAGGGAAUGAUGGAGCAGUUUCAGAGGAAUCACGCUCUUUCCCUACCCAAAGCGCUCCAUAAAGAGCUGUGCUCAGUGAUGAGUUCAGGUUCUGUGUCUGAUGAGGGUAUAAUAGAAGCUAUGGUAGAGUGCUGGAGAGAAAACCAGUAUUUGGUGUGCCCUCAUUCAGCUGUAGCGGUCUGGCAUCACUACCACUGCCCUGUCCAGCCCCGGGAGAACAGGUGUUGCAUUGCGACAGCUUCUCCAGCCAAGUUUCAGGAGGUGGUUCUGAAAGCAGGUCUGACUCUAGACCUGCCAGAGGUGCUGAAGGAGCUUGGAAACAAAGAGACGCGAUAUGACGAGCUGAAUCACGGGCAGGACUGGGAGAAAGCGCUAAGAGAGCGCAUCAAGGCUAUUGACUCUGUACGGCAACAAGGAGGGAUGUUCUUUAGCUAGGUUUAUGUAAUGUAAAUGGCAGUGGUAAGUUAGCAUAGCAUUCUGGGUUGCCAGAUACCCACUGCACACUUAAAGUGGCUAAAAAUAAUCAUGUUCGUUAAACAUUGUAAAUAAUCUAUGUAGAUUAAUACCUGUAAUCAUUAAAAGUAUACUAUUAUUACUAGGGUAGCUCGCCGCUCAGGUGGCGCAGCGGUAAAAUACGCUAGCACACCAGAGUUGGGUUUUUGAAUACAUCGUAUCGAAACUCAGCUCUGCCAUCCGGCUGGGCUGGGCGGCUGCAUGCACAACGAUUGGCUGUUGUUGAUAGGGUUGGGCAAGCCGGAUCAUGGGUCCUCAUAACUGGUGCAAUUACGACCCCUGCUGGCUGAUUGAUGGUGCCUGCACAGAGCUGAGGAAUAAUCAGGGUGUGGCUCUCCGUACACAGUGCUGAGGUAUAUAUAUAAAGGGGGCGUGUGUCAGUUGAGAAGCGUCCUCAGUCAGCGGUGGAGGGUUGAAUCAGUGGAGGAUGCAAUCAGGGUAAUUGGUGAACUCUAACGACACUAGGGUAGCUCAGUGGGUAGCACUGUGGAGUCUCUCUGUGUGGAGUUUGUAUGUUCUCCCAUGUCUGCGUGCAGUCAAGUUAAUUAAAUAUAUACUACAAUUGCCCUGAAUGUGUGUAUUAAUGUGUGUGUUUGCUCUGUGAAGAACUGGUGACCUGUCUGGGGUGUUUCCUACCUUUAUGUUCAGUGAAUUGUACCCAUCAUGACCCUAAAUAAAAUAAAGUGGUGGUAAAACGACAA